AUGUCAGAUCAGAGACGACUGCCUGAUUUUCAGGCCUAUAAUAUCGGAUGGAUCGCUGCUCUGGACAAAGAACUCACAGCCGCACUUGCUAUGCUCGACGAAAGACACCAACAACCAGAAAACUUCAUUCAAAAUCAACGAGAUACGAACAGCUACUCUUGGGGCCGGAUCGGUGCUCACAAUGUCAUCAUCGCUUCAUUAGCCGAAGGAAGCUAUGGUCUUGUGUCUGCAGCAACGACUGCGAACAGCAUGAUCCUCUCGCUUCCGCAGAUUCGAUUCGGUCUCAUGGUCGGCAUCGGUGCCGGUAUCCCUAGGAUAGAAAACGGUAUUGACAUCCGCCUCGGCGACGUUGUGGUUAGUCGGCCCACCGAUGGGUCUUCGGGAGUCAUACAGUAUGAUUUGGGGAAGUUGAAGGGAAACGGCGAAUUCCAGCGAGUUGGUUCGCUUGCUCCUCCACCAGCAGUCUUGCUCAAAGGGUUAGCAAAGUUGAAAGCUGAUCAGCGACUGAAUGGCAACCAGUUGCCGAAGAUCUUAGCUGAUGCGCUCAAGCUCUUUCCACGGCUGGCCGAACCGCGCGGUAAAGACGCGGCAUUCAUUCAUCAAGGAGCUCAGAACGAUCGACUAUUCGCAGCGUCAUCGAAACAUGUGCCAGCUGGAAAAGUGCAGAGCCCCGUACAUUCGAAAGCCCCAAUGGGCUUCGCUCAGCUUUCUUACCAUUAUCUUCACCUUUUAACAGUCUGGAUUUGUAGCAUGAUCGUGUUUCUUCUUCUUUCUCCACGGAGGUCUACAAACGACAGAACCGGUGCUGAAUUGGUCCAAAAUGGGCAGCUCGGAGGAGGAAGACCUCAAAACAUUACCAAGACUGAAACUUGCGUAUACUGCAAUCCUGAAGAUGAACUCAAAAGAGAUGAUCGACCCGACGCCAAUCCUGAGAUCCACUAUGGCAUCAUUGCUUCCGGAAACUCGGUUGUCAAAGAUAGCAUUUCCCGAGACCAAAUCCUACAACAACUAGGGACAGGGUGUCUUUGUUUUGAGAUGGAGGCGGCCGGUCUGAUGAAUGACUUUCCCUUUCUCGUGAUCAGAGGAAUUUGUGACUACGCAGACAGCCACAAGAACGAUAAGUGGCAAAACUAUGCAGCGAUUGUUGCCGCUGCGUAUGCCAAAGAGCUACUGUUAGUAAUGGAGGGCAUGAAUGUGGAACAAACCAGGAAAAUAGGAGAGAUUAUGGGAAAAGUCUCUCAGAUCGAGGCAACCACAAAGGAGACACAUCGGAAAGUCGAGCAGUUGACCGCUGGCAAUCGUUCCGGCAAAAUUCAUUCAUGGCUUUCUGCACCAGACCCAUCGAUCGAUCACAACAAGGCAUCCAAUUUACAUCAUGAUGGCACGGGCCAGUGGUUUCUUGACACGAAGGAGUAUCUGGACUGGAAGACAAAUUCCGGGUCAUCCCUAUGGCUGUAUGGCGGCCUAGGAUGUGGCAAGACGAUCCUAAGCUCGACGAUCGUCAGAGAUCUACGAAACAGCACGAGCAUCUGCCUUUAUUUCUAUUUCACCUUCACAAACACUGAGAAGCAGUUGCUGGACGGUGCAAUCCGAUCUCUCAUAGAACAACUUCAUUGCCAGAGCAAGGCUGCUCAAGAAUAUCUCGACUCGGUCUUCGAAUCCAGAGGAGCCAGUUCAGCACAGCCGGACAAUGAUUCUCUGUGUUCAUGGUUUAAUGCCAUGCUUGAGGUAGCCGGCGAAGUCUGGAUUGUUCUUGAUGCGCUUGAUGAACGGGAUUUACUUGGCGAAUGCCAACAAGGCCAAGCGCUUAAAAAUAAAGGGCUGCUACAAUGGAUCAAAACUCUCCUGCAAUCUGAAGGGGCGAAGUAUCAUAUUUUGGUCACAAGUCGCCAAGAAGAAGACAUUCGUCGUGUUUUGAAAGAUAUCAUUCCCAAGGACAUGCAGAUUCCUCUGCGGAACAAGUCAGUCAACAAAGACAUACGAGCAUUUAUCCGAUCGACACUCAGGACAUGGGGCGACCUGCCAGAAUGGCGAAACAACAAGUCUUCUCGGGAACAGGUCGAAAAAUACCUGAGCGAAAAAGCCGACGGAAUGUUUCGCUGGGUAUCAUGUCAACUUUUUGAACUUCGGCACUGCUUGAAUGACGAGGAGCUCCGAUCAUCCUUGAACUCGCUGCCGACGACCUUAGAUGAGACUUAUGCGAGAAUACUGGAUAGAAUUCCUGCUGUACAUCAACAGAAAGCAUGGAGAAUCUUACAAUUUUUGCUCCAUUCGGAAGACCCCCUACGUCUGGAGGAAGCCGUCGACAUCAUCGCAGUAUCUCCUGAAGCAAAAAAACACAAUCCGAGAUUCAAUCCCGCAUUAAGGCCAGACAAAGACGAUUUUUCAAUCUACUGCCCUAGCCUGGUCGUGUCUGUCACUAGAACUGUUGGAUCCACGGGGAAGACAGUGCAGACUCUUCAGCUCGCGCAUUUCUCGGUAAAAGAAUAUCUCCUCUCAGACCGCAUGGAGACAAAGUUCCCUCGUGCCUUUGAGGAACGCAUCGCUAAAUCAGUAAUGGCGAGAGUAUGCCUUGCAUACUUAUUGAGCAUUGAUUAUAGUCUUCUACCAGCGGAGUUUGGAUCUUCGUACCCAUUAGCGCCGUAUGCUGCGCAGUACUGGGCUCGAUAUGCUGCUCGAGCGGAUUCCGACACCAUUUCUCAUCUUGAACAAAAAUUGAACCCCGAUCUUUGCCUCGAAGACUACCUCUACGGCCGCGAAUGCCAGCGCAUGACAGAGGCUGACAGACUACCAGACACAAGUAAGAGUGUAUGGAUGCAAACGUGUUGCAAGCGGCUGUUUCAAGAAGAGAUUGGAGGUCCCCUUCGUUUGUUCUACUUCUGUGUAUUCGAAGGUCUAGUGUUUGCUGUGGAGGAGAUUCUGAAGGCAAACCCAGAGCUCAUUAACGCCAAAAGUGGAAAUUAUGUCACAGCUCUUCAAGUCGCUGCCUCGAAUGGUCAUACGGAGGUUGUGGUAAUGCUCCUCGGCAGAGGAGCAAACCUGCAUGCAAAGGGGGGACAAACCGGCACCGCUCUUCAAGCCGCCUCACUCAGCGGUCACGAAGAUAUUGUGGAAAUCCUAAUUGAUAAGGGAGCCGAUCCUAAUAUGCAGGGUGGAUACCUUGCCACCCCUCUUCAAGCCGCUGCAUUGAAAGGUCAUCGAGGUAUUGUGGCAAUCCUCCUUGAAAGAGGAGCGGACUGCAAUGCGCAGGGAGGUGUUUAUGGGGCCGCUCUUCAGGCCGCCUCAUACAAUGGCCAUGAUGGUCUCGCCAGAAUUCUCAUUGAAAAGGGAGCAGACUUGAACGCACAAGGCGGGAAGUUUGGUACAGCUCUUGUGGCCGCCUCAAGCCGGGGUCACAAGGCCACUGUACGACUUCUCAUCAAAAAGGGAGCAGAUACCAAUGCACAGACUAGUGGGUCAUAUAAAACCGCUCUCUGGGCUGCUGCUUCGAACUUCCAUGAAGAUAUCGUGGAAAUUAUGUUCAAUGAAGGAGAAGUCGCAAGUUUGUCUUCCACUGGUGCCGAAAUCCUGGCUGAUCAUUGGGAAACCGUGAUCGAUGUGCUUUGUCGCAAAGGUGUCGAAGUUGGUGAAAGGGCGAUGGAAGUGUUGAAGAAAUCGGGGAGAAUCAUCCGCCAGAUCAGCCUCAUGCUAUUCGGCAAGAUAUCUGAUACGGACACAGUUGCAUAUUUCAGCAAUGUUCUUGUCCCAGUUUCUAGAGAAGGGCACCUCGCAAUUGCCCAGGCACUGAUUGAAAGAGGUGCGAAGAUUGAUGUCACUGACGCCCACGGAAUGAGUGCAUUGAGCCUCGCAGCUGCAAAUGGACAUGAACAUGUCGUCAAACUGCUCAUUCACCAUGAAGCGUUAAGUUUCAUCAAAGUCGACUACAGAUGCCACCCCUUCUAUACUGCAUCUUGCGGGAACCAUGUCAAGAUCAUCAAGUUGCUGCCUCUAGACGAUAUCGGUGCAGACACAGUCUACCAGAGCGUCUUGGCAACACUUGAGCACAACUGCUUUGAUGCGGCCGAGGAGCUUCUCAAGCAUUUCAACCCCCGUCAAGACCAGCGAGUCAACAUACCACAGAAUGUUCUUCAAGAAGCUUUGCAAAGUGCAUGUUACCACGGACGACAUCGUCUGGUGAAACUACUGCUUCAGAGUGGAGCAUCUGCAAACGGUGGGAAUGAUAACGGGGCCAGCCUGCUGAAAAGCGUGUGUGCACCAGGAUUUGAAGCCCUCGACGGGCUGCGAAUCAGUUCGAGGGCGAUGAUUGCCGACCUACUUCUUCAACAUAGUGUGAAAGGUAACACAAAAGAAUUUACUAUUCGUCCCCUCUUUCAUGAUUCAUUAGAGAAUAUCAUACCUCUUAUCAACACUGUCGCCACUGUGAGAAAGGCGGAGAAAGGCUACAUUGCAUACACGGUAGUGUUCAAAAUUGAGGAAGGAGGGAAAGUGAGAGUACAUGUAUCUUAG